AUGGCAUCAAGUGAAGCAGGACAGCCACCACUACAUUCUAGUGUGUGGACCCUCUAUCGCCUAAGUGACUCAAGACAAGGUCAAAAAUCACCACCAUCCCUUUCUCCUGCUGGGGCUGGUGUUCCUUAUUCCCAGGCAACCCUCAGUCUUUCCAGGGGGGAAGAUCAACAAGUAUCUGCUCCAAUUUAUGUGAUACAAGAAGAAAGCAAGAGGAGAGAUGCUCCACCUUUCAUUUUAGUGGGCUCUAACAUUCAGAACAUACAUGCUGGGAAACCUAUUCCUCAGCUGUCACAAAUAUCUGCUCCAGUUUAUGUGGUACAAGAAGAAAGAAAGAGGAGAGAUGCUCCACCUUUCAUUUUAGUGGGCUCUAACAUUCAGAACAUACAGGACUGGAAACCUAUUCCUCAGCUGUCACAAGUAUCUGCUCCAAUUUACAUGAUGCAAGAAAAAUGCAAGAAGAGAGAUGCUCCACCUUUCAUUUUAGUGGGCUCUAACAUUCAGAACAUACGGGACUGGAAACCUAUUCCUAGCCAUGCUGCCUUUGCACAGCAAGGUACAGGUGCUAGGAGGAGAUUCACUACAGCCCCUGUCCCAGUUGCCAGGCCAGCUGAUGAGAAAACAGAUACAGCAAGCCCCAAUUCUAAUUCUGCAGAGGAAACUGCAGCUAAGCCAUGCACGCCCCAUGUUUUCUCAGUUGCCAUUCCUCUGGAUGAUGUGAUAUCUGCAAAGAACAGCUCACCAGCUGAUGGUAAGCACACAGGUAUAAAUGCUCUUGCAGAAAGCUAUGGUACUGCAGGAUAG